AAGAAUUGACUGUAGCCUAUCAUCUGCUCAGUGCCAUGAUUUUUCACUUCCCGUAUGGUUUUGCAUUCACCAUUUCCCAUCAGCCUAAAGACAGUUACUGAAAGGGGUGGAAUUCCCAAGAGACCUGUUCUUUCUCUUCUACAGUCUCUGGAUGAGCAGCCCAGCAUUGUGGUUCCCCACUGCGCCCUCUGUUUUCUGCUAGCAGGAUUUCCAGCAGAAUGACAACAAAGCCGCUGCCUGCUCUUGAAAACUGCAUUUGGUAGGGUUGGGGGAAGGAGGGAGAGUUGCUGUUUUCAGGAAAUGAAGGAGGAAGUCUUGAUCGAAAACUGCACACAUAAAAGGCAGCUUAACUAAAAAGAAGCUGUGUGAUUAGGGCCCUGCGCAUCUGUAAUUAUCCAGCCAGACUGCAAAGCCGCUUGCCACACUUUACAGCACUCCAGGCCACCUCCACAUUGUGGAGCAAUGGCGCUCCGGACUGUGCUAGAGACUGUCGAAAGUGGGGAGCAAGAUACUAUUCUCAAGGUGCUGCAGAUCUACAACCAGGAGAAAUCACAGUGUUUCACCUUUGAAGAUGAGGAACAGGAAGAAAGGAGGAAACUGGCUGCACUUCUGAUCAAGUUUCUGGAGAGGGUGCUGCAGCCAUCCUGCCAGGUCACAUGUUUGGAAAGCAUACGGAUCCUGUCCCGAGACAAAAGCUGCCUUGGCCCUUUCACAACCAUGGAAGGCCUGAAGACGCUGGCCAGGCACGCGGGGAUUGAUUACGCAGAAGAGCAGAUUCUGGAGGUUCCAGACCUUGAAGUGAUCCUGGAGGCGCUCAAGUGUCUCUGCAACAUUGUCUUCAGCAGCCCCCGGGCUCAAGAGCUGACCUCCGAAGCCCGGUUUGUGGUGGGCCUCACAGACCGCAUCAAACUCUACAACGAGAGAAACCUCCCGCAUGAUAUAAAGUUCUUUGACUUGCGCCUUCUCUUCUUGCUGACGGCACUAAGGGUGGACAUCCGGCAGCAGCUUGCGCAGGAACUCCGGGGUAUCGGUCUGAUGACAGAUACCUUGGAACUUACUCUGGGAGUCAAAUGGCUAGACCCUCACGAGGUAGCUGCUGAGGGGAACCCUUCUGCUCCUUUACCUCGGCAGGAGGUGGAGCGUGCCAUGGAGAUCCUGAAAGUGCUCUUCAAUAUCACAUUUGACACCAGCAAGAGGGAGGUAGAUGAGGAAGAUGCUGCUCUGUACCGACGCCUAGGUGCCCUCCUCCGUCACUGCCUGAUGAUUUCAGCAGAUGGUGAAGAUCGGACAGAAGAAUUUCACAGCCACACAGUCAACCUUCUGGGCAAUCUGCCUCUCAAGUGUCUGGAUGUCUUGCUGGCCCCCAAGGUGCAUCCGGGCUCGCUUGAAUAUAUGGGAGUCAACAUGGAUGCUGUCAAUGUUCUGCUGGAUUUCCUUGACCGACGUCUUGACAGGGGUCACAAGCUUAAGGAGAGCCUGACCCCUGUGCUGAACUUGCUGACUGAGAGUGCUCGAGCCCAUCGGCAGACCAGGAAAUUCCUUAAAGCUAAGGUACUCCCUCCACUGCGAGAUGUGAAAAAUAGACCGGAGGUGGGGAACUUGUUGAGAAAUAAGCUUGUGCGCCUCAUGACUCACAUUGACACUGAUGUCAAGCACUGUGCUGCGGAAUUCCUCUUUGUUCUCUGCAAGGAGAGUGUGUCACGGUUUGUGAAGUACACGGGAUAUGGGAAUGCUGCAGGGCUCCUGGCAGCCCGAGGCCUCAUGACAGGAGGUCGGACAGAAGGAGAAUACUCUGAGGAUGAAGACACUGAUACAGAGGAAUACAAGGAGGCAAAACCCAACAUUAACCCUAUAACGGGACGUGUGGAGGAGAAGCUUCCCAACCCAAUGGAGGGGAUGACAGAUGAGCAGAAAGAGGUUGAAGCAAUGAAACUGGUGAACAUGUUUGACAAACUCUCAAGACAACGAGUCAUCCAACCAAUGGGGGUCAAUCCAGAUGGCAAUUUAACCUCUCUCAAUGUAACCUCCUUGGAGGAUGCUGUCCAUCAGAUAUCUGAGGAAAGGUUAUCUUCUGACUCUGACUUGGAAUUGGACUGAAAAAACAUUUCUUGUUCCUCAAAAACCUAUGGACCCUCUAUUCUCCCUCUGUAACAGGUGCUGCUUCAGGAGACCUGUCCCAAGAAAGGACUUCCCAUGGGAUGGAUCUCCACCACCCAGGGUGGUAUAACAUCUGUUUCUUCUCUAGCUCUGUAACACUCCUAACUUAGAGAGCUCUUUACAGCUUAGCUCUUUUGAUCUAUUUUCCCUCUGUGUCCACAAGAUUAUUACACUCCGAUUCCAAGGAUUUUUGAGCAGAAAUUUCAUGGAGGGAAGGGCAAUCUCUUAUUAUAUCAAAGAGGUUUAGUAGCACUUAAGGGUGCUGUGAGUGCACUGCACGGUUACUUGUAUGGAACCAAAAUGUGGUACACACAGGUGAUAUAUGUGUGUGUGCGCGCGCGCAUUGAUACUUGUGCAAAGCACAUAAUGCAGCAACCAUACAGCAUGGUGGUGUUUAAAACACACGGAUACUCUUGGCAAAUGUAAAUGUCUAUUUGCAUACAUGACUGGGAAAUAUUAUAGAAAUGUGUGAACAUUGAGAAGCCUGCCUUUUUUUUUUACAUGUGAAAUGCAAGAAAGCAUACUCCUGGAGGCAUAUAAGUGCAAUGUAUGUGGCAAUCAGUCACAUUUUUAGGCAGUUCCUUUAAGACACAUUGCAUGUGUAUGGAAACAUGCAGGUAAGGAAAUAUGCAUUGUUGAAAUAGUAUGUAUAUGUGGGGUGUGUCCAUUAUCUGAGAUAAUGUGCAAAACUCUGAGACAUCCUUUGCUCACAGCGACAUUAAUGUUGGUGUUGGCUGAUAAUCUGGGGCCGGAAAGCCUCUAAUCCCCCCUAACUUUGACACCAUGUUUCUCUUUCUACCAUGUUUGGUUUCUGGACUAAUCUAACUCUCUGUGCUCUUCAGACAAAAGGCAGUGACCAAUUGCUUAACCGCACUCUAAAUAAUCUGCUUCAGUUCUCCUAUAUCCAUAGCACUCUGCAUUCACCCUGUUAUGUACCUUCAUCCUGAUCAUAGGCUUUUCUGUUUAAACAAGCAGCCCCCAUCUCCUACUUUGUUUCCAACUUUGCCAACAGUUUCUGAACUUAGCACAAAUAUAAAGAUUUUCACUAGAAUAAAUGAAGCCUUCAGAUAACAA